CGAGUGCCAUUUUAUGCCCGGUCAAUUCCGAACUCUACAACAUAUAAUUUGAACCAAGAUAUUUAACAAAGAUCAACAGGAGCACGUCCUCACUCUCUCAAGCUGGACGAGAGUAAUUUGGAAUCUUUGUUUCGGUGCUUUUGUCAACACCGAGGCACGUUCAGUCAACUCCCGGAUUUCCUACUGCAAACCCCGCGCUCUGGAAGUUUGGUCAUUGGCCACGAUGCCGAACGCGUGAAGCUUGCGGGAGACUCGACAUCUUGCCGUGUUCCGUCAAGUGGCUGUUUGGUGGGAUGAGCUGCAUUAUUCAGUAUCUUACCGACUUCAGAAUGCUCCCAGACAGAAUCCUCCACUGUCCAAUCGGAAAUGAAGCCUGGUGGGAUUGAUGGGAUUGACGAUGGACAUUCAACAUCUCCUUAGCUCGUCCGAGUCGGUCAAUACUGUUCCAUCAUCAAAUCUCUGUCAAGAUUGCCGUCACAUUUUCAAUCACUGGGAUGAAGUGCUUGAGGACGAUUACAACGCAAGAUUUCCGCAUUGCCAGAAUAUAUUUGGGCUCAUCGAAUCAGCUGCAAGGGGAUGUUAUCUGUGCAACCAAUUCCUGAGAAACUUGGAGAUAAGAGGCAUAGCGAAAACAUUGCGAGGCCUCACAAUCGACAUCUUGAAUUCUGCGGGAACGGGAUACAAUGGUUACAUUGUCGUGAACUCGUUUGAGAGGAUCAUUUCUCGAGGUCGAGAUCACCAUAAAGACUGUUGGCUGUUGGAGUUGAGAUUUCGACCGCCUGACGCGCUGUUUGACGAUGACGACGACGAUGAUGAACAGAGCGAUGAGGAAGACGACCUUCAGGUAGACGAAACCGAUCAAGAUGCAGACGAAGAUAUGGAGACCUCCGACCCAGUUCCUACUGGCGACGAUCUUGAUGAUUGGCCUAAAGAUGGCGGAGUGUUCAGUAGUUGGCCACAUGAGAUAUCUCGAGACAUGUACAGCUGUCGAGCUGUUUUGGUCCCAAGCUCCAUCUCACGUAUGCAUGAUUUCAGAACCAGCAGGUUAUCACCGGAUAGUAGAGCAGCGUUGUGGCAAGCUAGAAGCUGGCUUGAGACUUGCAGUCAAUCUCACCCUCAAUGCUUGCUCAAACAAUCAUCUCUACCAACCCGACUUUUAUGUCUCGAUGGAAGUCGGGUCCGAGUAUGUACAUCGAAGUCACUUGAUUCUCAGGAGCCACCUGCAUAUGCCACGCUCAGUCAUUGUUGGGGCUCACUUAAGAUUUUGCAGCUCACGAAAGAAAACCAUCCCUUGCUCGUACAAGGAAUACCACAUGCAGCACUUUGCAGGACAUUUCAAGACGCAAUACAGAUCACACUAGCGUUGGGCCUUCGAUACAUCUGGAUAGAUUCCUUGUGUAUUGUUCAGAAUGACCCCAAGGAUUGGGCCAGAGAAGCUACACGGAUGAGUGACGUCUACUCUGGUGGCGCUGUCAACAUAGCUGCUAGCAGUGCAUCAGAUGGCAGUGUCGGAUGCUUCUUCAACCGCGACUCAUCCCAUGUCUGGCAGCAUACGGUAGCUGCUCGUGUCAACGGCCAGAACCGCAUUUAUGAUUGCAUUGAGGACGGAAUCUCAGACGCCUGUAUUUUCGAAACUCCUCUUGCCCGUCGAGCUUGGGUCAUGCAGGAACGACUUCUUGCUCCUAGGACAUUGCACUUCAGCUCAACACAGAUGUUCUGGGAAUGCAAUACUCUCAACGCAUGCGAGGUAUUUCCUGAACAGUAUCCAGCUACACUGUCGUAUGUUAAACUUUACUCGAUAUGCGACUUAACAUACCAGCGCGAUAAAUUAGUGGCAAUUUCAGGCAUUGCUCGGGAGAUCGUAAAGAGAGAUCCUCAAGCAAAAUAUGUGGCAGGUCUCUGGGACAAUGAGAUAGAGAACCAGUUGUGCUGGAAGGUCAGAGCACCAGCAGAGAAAACACUUCAAGCCCCGUCUUGGUCAUGGGCUGCCGUCAAUGGAACGGUCAACCUAGCGACUGUUUCGCAGUUCGAGAACUUUGUUCGUGUCUUGGAAGUGGAUUUGCAAGGUCACGAACCCUUUGGAGAGAUUCUCACUGCCACAUUAACCAUCGCUUGUCAAGAGAUAUUCCACAUCUCAAAUAUGUCCGCGCUGUUGCCACUACGCUGGUCCACAAGCCUGACCAUCAGCUGGGACUACGCGAUCGAAUCAGCUCGCACGUUCUUGCUACCGGUGCAGAAGGGAGUAAGUCUAGGAUCAGAAUAUAUCUCUGGACUGUUGUUGCAGGAGACGAAGAAGUGUCAGGGAGAAUAUCGACGCGUCGGCCAUUUCGAACAGCUUGCCGCUGCAUGGGAGAGAUUACCAGAGCACCUUCUGAGAGUUACGACAAGCAACGUUAGAGGAAGAGACCCCUGGCACCUAGGGAAUUAUGCAGACCUCAGCCCUGAUAGCAAAAUCAUCUUGCUGGUGUAGGACAACAAGCGGCAUGGUCUUGUGCAACAAUUGGACAGACAAGUCUUGUGUGCGGAUCUAAAAAGGAGCUAUCAUAUCAGAGUCCUCCAGCUUCCCAGCCAUGGCAAUAUCACCAAACCGCUUCUGCUCACCGAGAGACCGU